GUGGUAUCAAUGCUGAAUACAUGGAUAUGCGCGAGCUCCAAUAUGGCUACUUUAAUUGCAAUGAAGUAUUUCCGUUAAUAUGAUGGUAUUUCUGCAAUAAAAUGUGGGGAAGAUUGUCUGAAUUUGUGCAAGAUAGACUGGAUACGUCUGGUGCUGAAGAUGAAAAGAAUUCAAGUGAAAAAGAAAACUCUAAAGCAGUAAUAGAAAACCUUAAAAAAGCUUUGCAUGAAGCUGAAAGCCGAAAUGAGGAUAUUAAUCGCGAAUUCAAGAAACUACUGCGAGAUAAGGAGAAUGAGUUGAAGAAACUGCAGAGAAAUCCAACAGAGUCAGAGAAUGAAAGUGAUUAUUCACAUUCGUUGUCAGGUCUACAAGAACAGGUUGAAAACUUAAUGGAACAAUUAGCAGAGAAAGAUAGGGAAAUUCAGGAGCUUUCUACUGAAAAAGAAAAAGAUGCUCAGUCUAACAGUAGUUCUGUGUCACAGUUUAAUGAUGCCGACAAACGAAUAGAAGAACUUGAACUUUUGCUAGCGCAAAAAGACAAGAAUCUUCAACAUUUGCUUCAUGAAUUGGAAAAUGCUGAGCAGCGAAGCAAGCAGACUUGGGAACAGAAACGAAUUAACGAAGAGAAGGUUAUGGGCGAACUUGCAGCAAAGAUUCAACAUAAUGCAUCUUUGGUAACAAAACUUGAAGAGACGCAACAUAUUGUUGAGGAAAAAGAUAAAUCUAUACAAGAACUUUGUGAUAAAAUAGAAGCAAAAGAAAGAUUGAUCAGAUCAAGAGAUGAGGUAAUCAGUCAACUUCAAGUGAGUAAAGACAUCAGUAGCGGUAGUGAUGACGUUGUUUUAGCUCUUCAAGAGCAGGUUAAAUCGCAACAAGAGAAGAUUACCACCUUUGCUGAUGAUGUAGAUCGUUACAAAAGACAAUUGAAAGAGAAAGAAAAUGUUCUUGUGACGCGAGAAAAGUCAUUGGAAAAUAUUCAACAUCAGAUGCAGGAACAGACUGCGGCGCUUAAUCAACUCUCUCUCGAGCGUGAUAAUCUUCUCAACAAAAUAGAAGACUUGGAACUAAAGCACGCCGAAGCGGUGGAAGCCUGGGACGAGAAAUUGAGAAUGAAUAAGGAAAGUCUUGGUGCUGAAAUUUCACAAUUGGAGAUAUCGUACAAGCAAAAUGAACAUAUGUUGAGAGAGGAAGUGGAUGAAAAGGCCAAUAUAAUUCAGUCGAAAGACGAAGCAAUUGCUGUGCUAAAAAGAACCAUUCAGGAGAGGGCUCUGGGACCUAUUGUUGAUCCCGGUAAAGAAAAAGGAAUGUCUGAAGAAGGCGAAAAAAUUGUUCAGAUGUUAGAAAACCAACUGCAGGAGACUAAGGAGAACCUGAAUGCCAAACAGAAAGCUUUUGAAAAACUACAACAAGAUUUACAUGAAAAGGAUAACAACAUAAUUGUGUUGAGACAUCAAACUGAGCACGAUCUGAAAAGUUUGAGGGAGAAGCUUGAGCAAGAAACGAUGAAGACAUCGGAAUUAGCAAAACAAUUAAAUGAUAAGGAUAGUAUUUUGCAAAAUGUUGAAGAAAGUCAAGUGAACCUGAAAGAACAGUUGAAAAAGACUUUAACCGACUUGGAAAGCACGAAAUUACUUCUGGAAGAAAGAUCAGAGAAAUUAUCAGAAAAUAAAGAUGUGUUGGAAAAGGCUUCCGAAUUAUCGCACACAAUUGAAAAUUUGGAAAAAGUGUUAGAGGAACGCGACUCCAAGAUUUCUGAACUGAAUGUAUUGAAUGGGGAGUUGCAGGAACGUGUCGAAAAUCUGGUUUUAGAAAAUCAGCGAGUUCAUGAAAGCAUGGAUGCGAUGGAACACGAUUUAACUGCGCAAUUGGUCUCUGUGCGGGAAGAACUUAAAUCUUUUUCUGAGAAACACGAGAUGGAAAUGUCUGAAAAAGAACAAAAAAUUAUCGAACAAGAAAGAGCUCUUAUCAUUAAAGAGAAUAAAAUCAAUGAGUUAAACGAAACACAUGAGAAGGAAAAGCGGAUGUUUAAUGAGAAAUUUGAGAAUUCCUUCAAUGAUAAAACUACCCUUGAGAAAGAAAUUAAAGUUCUCAAUGUAGAAAUUGAGAAAAAAGACGAGGCAAGAAUAGAUAUGGAAAAACAACUUUCGGAUUUCCAAGAAAAAGUUGACAAUAUGAAGGAAGAAAUGAAACAAAAAGAAGAGGACAUAAAAUCUUUGGAGAAUGGGGUAAGUGAGGAUGUUAAAAUAUUACAAGGAGAGAAUAAAAAGUUACUGGAAGAUAGAGGUAGAUUAGAAUGUCUGCUAGGUAGCAAAGAAAGUGAGCUGACUGAGAGAAAUAAACGAAUUGAAAGUGCUCAAAGCGAAACUUACGAGGUAAAGCAACAGUUUGAGGAAUCUGUUAAUCGUAUUCAUGAACUCGCUGAACAAAAUCAAACACUGACUGAGGAAAUUCUGCAAACAAAAAAAAAGUUUGAAAUUGAAGAAGCUAGAUAUGUAGUAGAAAUGGAAAAGAAAGAAACUGAACUAGGCAAGGCUUUACAAGAAUUGCAGCUAGAAAAAGAUAAAAGUAAAGAAAAUGAUCAAGAUCACAUCGAUUGCUUGAAUACUUUACGUUCGGAAAAUGCUGACAAAAUUGUUUUAAAAGAUAAAGAGAUCUUCUUAAUGCAAGAACAGUACAAUGAAAGCAAUAAAAAAUUGACAGACAUCGUUGAGAAAUAUGAAAUACUGAAGGAAGAGUUGGAUAUCGGCAAGAAAGUGGAACAGUCCCUAUUGCAGAAACGUGAUAACGAAGUUAGUUCCUUAAAUGAUAAAUUGACAAGUAAAGAUGAAUUGAUAAACGAAUUAAGAGAAAGAUUUCGAACAUUUGAGGAUAAUAAAACAGAAGAAUUAAGUGUUGUCUUAAAGGAGGCAGAGACAUUAAAAGAAACUGUCCUGACCUUAGAAGAAACGCUUGCAGAAAGAGAAGAGAACUUCAUUAAUAUUGCACAAGACAACAAUGCGUUGAUAAAAAAAAUGAACGACGUACAAGCAACUUUGGAUAAAUGUAACGAAGAGUUUACGAAUGAAAAAAACCUUCUCCUCGCAGAGAUUGACAUUUGUCGGAAAGAUUAUGAAAUAAAGAUUUCUGAUGGAGAUGCGGCAAUUGAAAUUGAAAAGAAACUUCGCUUAGAUCUAAAGGAACAACUUGCAGUUAAAGAGAAAGAAUUGAAUGACAAAUCAACUGAAUUUGAUAAUCUUCAAGGUAAAAUGGACGAAUCUUUUCAGACAUCUGAGAAACAAAUGCAAGGACUUAAAACUGUUUGUGAAGAUCUAAAGGAACAACUCGCAGUUAAAGAGAAAGAAUUGAAUGACAAAUCAACUGAAUUUGAUAAUCUCCAAGGUAAAAUGGAGGAAUCUUUUCAGACAUCUGAGAAACAAAUGCAAGAACUUAAAAUUGUUUGUGAAGAUCUAAAGGAACAACUCGCAGUUAAAGAGAAAGAAUUGAAUGACAAAUCAAUUGAAUUAGAUAAUCUCCAAGGUAAAAUGGACGAGUCUUGUGAGAUAUCUGAGAAACAGAUGCAAGAACUUACAACUGUUUGUGAAGAUCUAAAGGAACAACUCGCAGUUAAAGAGAAAGAAUUGAAUGACAAAUCAAUUGAAUUAGAUAAUCUUCAAUGUAAAAUGGACGAAUCUUUUCAGACAUCUGAGAAACAAAUACAAGAACUUACAACUGUUUGUGAAGAUCUAAAGGAACAACUUGCAGUUAAAGAGAAAGAAUUGAAUGACAAAUCAAUUGAAUUUGAUAAUCUUCAAGGUAAAAUGGACGAAUCUUUUCAGACAUCUGAGAAACAAAUGCAAGAACUUACAACUGUUUGUGAAGAUCUAAAGGAAAACUCGCAGUUAAAGAGAAGUAAAAUGGACGAAUCUUUUCAGACAUCUGAGAAACAGAUGCAAGAACUUACAACUGUUUGUGAAGAUCUAAAGGAACAACUCGCAGUUAAAGAGAAAGAAUUGAAUGACAAAUCAAUUGAAUUAGAUAAUCUUCAAGGUAAAAUGGACGAAUCUUGUCAGACAUCUGAGAAACAGAUGCAAGAACUUACAACUGUUUGUGAAGAUCUAAAGGAACAACUCGCAGUUAAAGAGAAAGAAUUGAAUGACAAAUCAAUUGAAUUAGAUAAUCUUCAAGGUAAAAUGGACGAAUCUUUUCAGACAUCUGAGAAACAGAUGCAAGAACUUACAACUGUUUGUGAAGAUCUAAAGGAACAACUUGCAGUUAAAGAGAAAGAAUUGAAUGACAAAUCAAUUGAAUUAGAUAAUCUUCAAGGUAAAAUGGACGAAUCUUUUCAGACAUCUGAGAAACAAAUGCAAGAACUUACAACUGUUUGUGAAGAUCUAAAGGAACAACUUGCAGUUAAAGAGAAAGAAUUGAAUGACAAAUCAAUUGAAUUAGAUAAUCUUCAAUGUAAAAUGGACGAAUCUUUUCAGACAUCUGAGAAACAAAUGCAAGAACUUACAACUGUUUGUGAAGAUCUAAAGGAACAACUCGCAGUUAAAGAGAAAGAAUUGAAUGACAAAUCAAUUGAAUUAGAUAAUCUCCAAGAUCUAAAGGAACAACUCGCAGUUAAAGAGAAAGAAUUGAAUGACAAAUCAAUUGAAUUAGAUAAUCUUCAAGAUAAUCUUCAAGGUAAAAUGGACGAGUCUUGUGAGAUAUCUGAGAAACAGAUGCAAGAACUUACAACUGUUUGUGAAGAUCUAAAGGAACAACUCGCAGUUAAAGAGAAAGAAUUGAAUGACAAAUCAAUUGAAUUUGAUAAUCUUCAAGGUAAAAUGGACGAAUCUUUUCAGACAUCUGAGAAACAGAUGCAAGAACUUACAACUGUUUGUGAAGAUCUAAAGGAACAACUCGCAGUUAAAGAAAAAGAAUUGAAUGACAAAUCAAUUGAAUUAGAUAAUCUUCAAGAUAAUCUUCAAGGUAAAAUGGACGAAUCUUUUCAGACAUCUGAGAAACAGAUGCAAGAACUUACAACUGUUUGUGAAGAUCUAAAGGAACAACUCGCAGUUAAAGAGAAAGAAUUGAAUGACCAAUCAAUUGAAUUAGAUAAUCUUCAAGGUAAAAUGGACGAAUCUUUUCAGAUAUCUGAGAAACAGAUGCAAGAACUUACAACUGUUUGUGAAGAUCUAAAGGAACAACUCGCAGUUAAAGAGAAAGAAUUGAAUGACAAAUCAAUUGAAUUUGAUAAUCUUCAAGGUAAAAUGGACGAUUCUUUUGAGAUAUCUGAGAAACAGAUGCAAGAACUUACAACUGUUUGUGAAGAUCUAAAGGAACAACUCGCAGUUAAAGAAAAAGGAUUGAAUGACAAAUCAAUUGAAUUAGAUAAUCUUCAAGAAUUGAAUGACAAAUCAAUUGAAUUAGAUAAUCUUCAAGGUAAAAUGGACGAAUCUUUUCAGAUAUCUGAGAAACAGAUGCAAGAACUUACAACUGUUUGUAAAGAUCUAAAGGAACAACUUGCAGUUAAAGAGAAAGAAUUGAAUGACAAAUCAAUUGAAUUUGAUAAUCUUCAAGGUAAAAUGGACGAAUCUUUUCAGACAUCUGAGAAACAGAUGCAAGAACUUACAACUGUUUGUGAAGAUCUAAAGGAACAACUUGCAGUUAAAGAAAAAGAAUUGAAUGACAAAUCAAUUGAAUUAGAUAAUCUUCAAGGUAAAAUGGACGAAUCUUUUCAGACAUCUGAGAAACAGAUGCAAGAACUUACAACUGUUUGUGAAGAUCUAAAGGAACAACUCACAGUUAAAGAAAGUAAAAUGGACGAAUCUUUUCAGACAUCUGAGAAACAGAUGCAAGAACUUACAACUGUUUGUGAAGAUCUAAAGGAACAACUCGCAGUUAAAGAGAAAGAAUUGAAUGACAAAUCAAUUGAAUUAGAUAAUCUUCAAGGUAAAAUGGACGAGUCUUGUGAGAUAUCUGAGAAACAGAUGCAAGAACUUACGACUGUUUGUGAAGAUCUAAAGGAACAACUCGCAGUUAAAGAGAAAGAAUUGAAUGACAAAUCAAUUGAAUUUGAUAAUCUUCAAGGUAAAAUGGACGAGUCUUGUGAGAUAUCUGAGAAACAGAUAAAAAGAUUGAAUGACAAAUCAGUUGAAUUAGAUAAUCUUCAAUGUAAAAUGGACGAAUCUUUUCAGACGUCUGAGAAACAAAAACAAGAACUUACAACUGUUUGUGAAAAUCUAAAGGAACAACUUGCAGUUAAAGAAAAAGAAUUGAAUGACAGAUCAAUUGAAUUAGAUAAUCUUCAAGGUAAAAUGGACGAAUCUUUUCAGACAUCUGAGAAACAAAUGCAAGAACUUACAUCUGUUUCUGAAGAUCUAAAGGAGCAACUCACAGUUAAAGAGAAAGAAUUGAAUGACCAAUCAAUUGAAUUAGAUAAUCUUCAAGGUAAAAUGGACGAAUCUCGUCAGACAUCUGAGAAACAGAUGCAAGAACUUGCAACUGUUUGUGAAGAUCUAAAGGAACAACUCGCAGUUAAAGAGAAAGAAUUGAAUGACAAAUCAAUUGAAUUUGAUAAUCUUCAAGGUAAAAUGGACGAAUCUUUUCAGACAUCUGAGAAACAAAUGCAAGGACUUAAAACUGUUUGUGAAGAUCUAGAGGAAAAACUCGCAAUUAAAGAGAAAGAAUUGAAUGACCAAUCAAUUGAAUUAGAUAAUCUUCAAGGUAAAAUGGACGAAUCUUUUCAGACAUCUGAGAAACAAAUGCAAGAACUUACAACUGUUUGUGAAGAUCUAAAGGAACAACUUGCAGUUAAAGAGAAAGAAUUGAAUGACCAAUCAAUUGAAUUAGAUAAUCUCCAAGGUAAAAUGGACGAAUCUUUUCAGACAUCUGAGAAACAAAUGCAAGAACUUAAAGCUGUUUGUGAAGAUCUAAAGGAACAACUCGCAGUUAAAGAGAAAGAAUUGAACGACCAAUCAAUUGAAUUUGAUAAUCUUCAAAGUAAAAUGGACGAAUCUUUUCAGACAUCUGAGAAACAGAUGCAAGAACUUACAACUGUUUGUGAAGAUCUAAAGGAACAACUCGCAGUUAAAGAGAAAAAUACAUCUGAGAAACAAAUACAAGAACUUACAACUGUUUGUGAAGAUCUAAAGGAACAACUCGCAGUUAAAGAGAAAGAAUUGAAUGACAAAUCAAUUGAAUUUGAUAAUCUUCAAGGUAAAAUGGACGAAUCUUUUCAGACAUCUGAGAAACAAAUACAAGAACUUACAACUGUUUGUGAAAAUCUAAAGGAACAACUCGUAGUUAAAGAAAAAGAAUUGAAUGACAGAUCAAUUGAAUUAGAUAAUCUUCAAGGUAAAAUGGACGAGUCUUGUGAGAUAUCUGAGAAACAGAUGCAAGAACUUACAACUGUUUGUAAAGAUCUAAAGGAACAACUCGCAGUUAAAGAGAAAGAAUUGAACGACCAAUCAAUUGAAUUAUAUAAUCUCCAAGGUAAAAUGGACGAGUCUUGCCAGACAUUUGAGAAGCAGAUGCAAGAACUUAAAACUGUUUGUGAAGAUCUAAAGGAACAACUCGCAGUUAAAGAGAAAGAAUUGAACGACCAAUCAAUUGAAUUAGAUAAUCUCCAAGGUAAAAUGGACGAAUCUUUUCAGACAUCUAAGAAACAAAUGCAACAACUUACAACUGUUUGUGAAGAUUUAAAGGAGCAACUCGCAGUUAAAGAGAGAGAAUUGAAUGACAAAUCAAUUGAAUUAGAUAAUCUUCAAGCUAAAAUGGACGAGUCUUAUAAGAAAAAGAUGAAUGAAAUGGCUUUACAACAACCUAUUCGCGAGGAUUUAAUUCAGCCCGAGACUAUACGUGAAGUAGCUGCUUCUACUGAACCUUCUAUCCAAGUAGAGUCAACUUUUGAUGAGCCUGAAGCUAAUAACCUGAAGAACUCUGAAGUCUAUGAAAAGGUCGAUGAGAUUGAACGAAGUUUUAAUGAAGUGAAGGAAAAGUUGGGCGAAGAAAUGAACAGAAAUCUUGAAUUACAAAAAGAACUUGAGUGUUUGCAUGAAGAGAAGAUGGUAGCUGAUGCUAGAUGUACCGAACUGAAGAAAGCCCUUGAAGAAUUCAUAUUUGCAACUGACAAAAAGGAUAAUGAAGAGAAAGUCCCAGAGAGCAAAUCUCUGGCGGAGGAAGUUGAAGUAACCGAUGAUGUUUCUGUUUUGUUGGAGAAUACUCAAUCAAAUAUUGAACCAAUGCAAGCAAUUAAUGCUACAUCUGAAUCCUUUGCCGAAGUCAUACGCUUGUUGGAGGAUGAAAAAUCAUCGCUUGAAAGGAAAGUAGACAGCAUUACGAAGGAAAGAAAUGCACUUCGUUCUCAUAUUGAGCAAAUGGAAGAAGAUCUUGAAAAGUUCCGUGAAAAGGAAGUUGAGGAACAUCACGUGGCCGAAAAUAUUGGAAAUCGUAAUAGAAUUGAGGAGAUGGUUAAAGAAAUGGAUGAACUCAGAUCUCUCAUCGAAGAGCGCGAUGCUCAAAAGUGCGAAUUGCAAGAGCAAUUGAAAUUAUCUGAAACUGAAUUACAACGUGAAUGUGAAGACAGCGAAGCUCUUCGUAAUACAAUAUCUCAUCUUGAGUCUCAAAUUGAUAAUAAUAAAGAACACAUACGUGAUUUAGAAAGCACACUUUCUGAGGCUUUGAAUGAUAGCAAUCGCUUCAAGUUUGAAAUUGAAAAGCUAGAAGAAGGGAAAGACAAGUUGACGAAAGAAUUAGACACGGUGCAAGCCAAUAAUGUUCAAGCUAAUGAAGCAAUGAAGGAACUACGAGAAAUAAAGGAUGAAGUUAUUAACAACCUUGAUGAUACUUUACAAUCUAAAGAAUCCCAAAUUGCUGGUUUGCAACGAAUGCUUCAGUUCAAGGAAACCGAAAUACACGAUCUUCGGGAAAGUAUUGAAACAAUGGGACAAUUACAGAGCAAUCUUGAGUCAAAGGAUUUGGAACUGGCGAGAUUAUAUGGCAGUGCUGAAAAUAGGGAAUGUGUCGUAAAGGAGCUGGUUGAAGCUAAGGAUUCGAUUAUAAUGGACCUUCAACAUGACUUGCAAGGAAGAGUAUCCGAAUUGUUUCAGUUACAAGAUAGUAUCGCUGAGAAAGAUAAGGAGAUAAUGAAAUUGAAGCAAUCUACAACAGAUGAUGAUUUAAAUUCAUGUGAUGGGAGAUCAGUAUUACAAGAGAAAGAAACAGAGUUGCUAAAUAUGAGUCAGGUUGCUCAAGAAAAAGAAUCACAAGUUGGACUACUGGAAGCUCAAUUGUUAGAAAAGGAAACUGAAAUCGUAGAAUUAAAAGAAAUGAUCAAAGAAAAAGAGACUACGGACGAUGAACUUGCAAACGCGAAGAAACUCCUCUUAAAGUUAAAGAAGAAGUUUGCGAGUUUUCGUGAAGAAAAACAGACUGAGUUAGAACUUAAAGAUGGUGAUGUUUCACGACUCCUUGAUCGUGUUGCAGAGAUCGAAACCUUACGACAUGACGAAGAACGGAAAGUUAAAGAAGAAAUAAAACAGUUAAAUGACAAAUUAAUUGAAAGCGAGAAAAAGUGUGAAGAAUUGAUUGGCGAAAAUGUUCAACUGAAGGAUGUGAUCCAAAGUUUUGAUCAAUCGAAAAAAGCUGAACUCUUAGAUCUCGAGAAUGAACUGACGAAAUUGAAGGAAAUCCACGAGCAAUACAUAAAUGAAAAAAAUGAAGAAAUUUCUAAUCUUAAAAAUGACUUCUUGCUGGAGUUGAACCAAAAUAAUGAAUUUGUACUCAAUCAAAUCAAUGCAUUACGCCAAGAGUUGGAUGAAAGCAGGACUGCUCUGUCGAAAGAAGAGACACAAAAUGAAAUGUUGAGGAGAAGUUUGUCCAAUAGCGUUGAGGAGUUGGAGAUGGCAAAACUAGAACUGCGAGAGAAAAUUGCCAUGAUAUCGGAGAGUGAGAAUGAGGUGGCUACUUUAAAUAGACUUUUAGCUGAUAGCAAGAUGGAAGCACAAAAUGUCGAACAUGAAUUAAUUGAUACAAAAGCAGCUUUAGUUGAGAAUCUUGUUCGGUCUUUGAAUGAAAGUGUGUUAGAGAACCAAUCAAAUACGGAACAAGUUUUAAAAUUAAAACAGGAAUUAUGCGAAAUCCAGUCUGUUUUGGGUAAGUUUACAUAUUCUCAAAGAAAUGUUGUAUCCGACACUGUAACAAAACUUGACAUUCCCGAAGAGCUUCGCCUUGAGAAAAGUGUACCAAUAGUUCCAGAGGAGAUUACAACACAGGAAUCGAGUGAAAUACAAAAUGCACCUUGCGUUGACGAUUUCGUUACAAACAAAAGCACGGUCGAAUUUCAAGAAAUGACACCUUUGGAGGAAACUGCUUUGGAAAAAAAUGAAUCUUUUUCAUUACGUUCUGGGGACAACGCAAAGGUUGAUGAACUUUGUUCUCGUCUACAAGAGAAAGAAUUAGCUUUUCAGAAACAAUCCGAGCAAUUGCACGCGGUUGCCAAGAAGUUCGCUGGUUUAAAGAAGAAAUUCAGCAGCCAGAAAGAACAUUUAAAAGAAGUGGAAGACAGUAACAAAAAACUCGACGCUGAAAAAGCUGAGCUUCUGAUCUCUUUAGAUGAUAUGAAGAAGAAUUUGCUUGAAUUCCAGGAAAUUUCCAAACGGGCAGAAGAGCAAGAUAGCAUGGUGGAAUUUUUGAAAUCAGAAAUUUCCCGUUUCCAUGGUACUAUCGUCACCACGGAGGAGGAGAAUAACCGCUUGAAAACAUCACUUGAAAGCAGAGACAAAGAGGUCAGUUUAUUACAUGGACAGCUUAAUACUGCUUCUGAACGACUAGAAGUUUUAGAAAACGUGAUUGAGGAACGUGAUAAAUAUGUUGAAUUACUGUCAUCGAAGGACAAUGAAUUGGAUCUGUUGAAAGCCGAACUACAGAAAAGUGAAGCUUCGAUCUUGAAGAAAAACGAUGAAAUUUCGGCGGUUCGUCACAGUGCUAAAGAAGAUUUCUCAGUUCACGUUGAGCAACUUGAAAUACUCAAAAAUCAAGUGGAAGUUAGUUGUCGUGAAAUGUCUGACUUACAAGAAAGUUUGCGAGAGAAAGAAAAUGAAAUCAAGAGGCUUCAAGAUGAACGCGAAAGUUUUGUCGGUCAGGUCGAAAAUUCGUCUGCGAAAAUAUUUGAGCUCGAUAAAAUAUUGAAAGAAAGGGAAGGCGAAGUUGAAGAAAAUGCACAAGAAAUAUCUUUUCUUCAAAGUCAAUUGGAUAACAAGAUAAGAGAGAAGACUGAACUUUCCGAAGAUAUUCUCAGAUUUAUGAAUGAAAACGAACAAUUAAAGUUGACACUCGAAUCAAACCAAUCUCAAGGAGAAAUUGAAAAUUUCAGCAAUGAAAUGACCGAACUUCAAAAGGCAUUUCAAGAAAAGGACAUUCUCGUCACCGAGUAUGAGAAACAAUUUGAAAAUUUACGAAAUGAUAUGCAGGAUAUGGAACUAGAAAACCGACGUCUGGGCGAGGCGUUGGAUGAAAUAGUUGAGCAAAAACGAAGUUUAGAAGGUUUACUACAGGUAAGAGAUGUCGAAGUCGAUGAUCUUCGUUGCAAAGUUAGCGAAAUGGAGUGUUUUUACGACACGGAGAAAGAUGCAUUGGAAAAGCUCCAAGCCGAUAAAGAUGAAGAAUUGCAACAACUCAAUGAUUCGCUAAUGAUGAAAUCAACUUUAGUGGAUGAACUCUCACAAAACUAUCGGAGAGGAAAAGAACACAAUUUGAAGGAAAUGGAAGAGAAGUUGAUGGACACCGAGCAACAAUUGACUCGACUGCAAACAGAUUUACAACAAUUGAAGGAAAACAACACGAAAUUACAAGAGAAUUUGUGCACAACUGGAAACACAUUGGAGCUCUCCAAUGCCAAAAAUUCUUCUUUAGAGGAAACUAUAAUUAGUCAUAUGAACGAUAUCAAUGAUUUAAAAGAAGCGUUACGUAAAACUGAUGAUAUUUCAACAGAAUUGCGAACUAAAGUUGAACAAUUAGAGGAACUUUUGAGCGAGAAAGAUGCUCAAUUGCAAACACUUCAACAAAAAGAUAAUGAAACGGAAUCGUUAAAGUUGGUGUUAACUUCAAAAAAUCAGGAAAUACUCGAAUUACAAGAGAAGUAUGAUAGUUUGAUACAGGUCAAGCAAGACGUCUCCGACAAAGUUACUGAAUUAGGAAGCAUACCUUCCGGUAAAAGUGAAUUGGAGAAGGAGUCACUGCAAUCAAAGGAAAUGGCGACUAUGAACGAAAAGUUUUGGGAAGAAAAAAACUCGUCUUUACAAGAAAAAAUUGCCGAAUUGGAAAAAGAGAGAAUUCAGUUGCGUAGGAAACUUGCGACAAUGAAAAAAGCAAAUGCUGAAGUCGGUAAGCAACACAAGCAGCUUCAAAGUGCUUUGUCUCAACAAGAAAUAAAACUUGCUGAGGUUUCCUUGGAGAGGCAAACUAUCAAAGAGGAUUUGGAAAGGACUAUUACUCUCAUUCAACAAGAAAAAUCUGACAUCGAAACAGAAUUUGAAGAUACUGUAAAAGAACUAAAGGAACUCAAGAGAAUUAAUGAAGAUAUUUGUACAGAAAGAGAUUCCUUGAAAGCUGACGUGGAAGCUCUUCGAACUGAGAAAGAGUGGAAUUCCUCUGAGCUCGAGAACUUGCAAAGUGAACUUGAUAAAAAAAUAUGUGGAAAUACAAGAAUUGAAAAUAAGACAAACUGAGCCAGCAACGACUUUGAUGUCCAUGUACAGAAACGUGUUGACGAAAUUUCCAUGGAGAAGAAUUUGGAAAGGGCUGAGAUUGAAGAAGAGUUUGCCAAUCAACUUCAACAGAUGUCCGUUGAGAAAGAUGAAAAAAUUCGCAAGAAAGAUUUGGAAAUCACAGAAUUAAAGAACAAACUAGUUGAAGGAAGUUCACUUUCUGAAAACUUUCAAAUUGAAUUGCGCAAAUUAAAUGAUGAAGUUGAGCAGCAAAACAAGCAAAUUAUCGAACUGUAUGCGACAUUGGAAAGCGAAAAGGCCAGCGUAGAGUCAAAGGACAUACAAAUAUCAAGUAUUUCCACAGAUAUAAAGAAUUUGCAAAAUCAACUGAAUUCAAAAGAUGAAGAACUGAAGGCGUCGCUUAUUACCAAUAACGACGCUUCUGUGAAGGUUGACGAGCUUUUGCUUGAAGUUAAAGCUUUGAAAGACGAACUUAAUGUACUUAGUGAAGCACGUGAUGCCUCGGAUAAGAUGUUACAUGAAGUCUCAAGUGAGAAACAGUUGCUGCAUGAACAGUUUCAAAAAGCUCUGAAGGAACGGGAUGAAUUAAAAAAACUUGAUGGAGAUACUGGUCAAAUGGUCGUUGCUAUGGAAGAAAAGGACAAGAAAAUUGCGAUCUUAAAAAAGAAAGUAAAGGAACUACGAAAGGAAAAGAGUGCAAAUGAAAAAUUCAAAGAUGAGGGAACAACUAACAUGGACGUUACUCCCGAAGUUACAAAUGAGCAGUUUCAAAAAACUGAAGUGACCAUGUUAGACGCUGAACCUACAGUCGAUAAACGUAUGGAAGAGCUUGAACAUCUUCGACAUGAGAGAAAUGUAUACGAGGAAAGUUACAUUGGUCUUCAACGUCAACUUGAUCUUGUACAAAAGGAAAAUGAAAAACUCGCUGAAGAUCUUCAAUUGAAGCAACAAACGCUUGACGAGCUUGAAUCAAGACUCGAACUAGAAAGGAAAGAUGUCCGCCAAGAGAUGGAAACACGUUUAAAUGAAAUGAAAAUGAACGCGAAUGCGGAAAAGCAAGGAAUGAGUGAUGAGAUGGAACAGUUGAAAGAGAAUUUGUCAUCUUUGGCCAACGAGAAAAAUGGUUUGAGUGACGAGAGAUCAGAAUUAAUGGUCACGUGUGAAAAUAGGUCUAGAGAAAUUGAUAAUCUACAAAAUCAAAUUGUAGAGCUUAAGACGCAACGCGAUGUGCUCGAGAAAAAAAGUGCUUUGAUUCAGAACGACCUUGAAAUGAAUAAAAAAGGAAAGAUUAAGCUGAAACAAAAAUUAAAGGACAACAUUAAACAACACGAGGAAGAGAAACUAUCUCUUGAAAAAGACAUACAAAAUAUUAAAAAGGAAAAAGCAGAAACGUGCAAUGCAUUGCGUGUAGAAUUUGGCUCAGCGUUAGACAAUCGCGAUUCCCUUGUAAGUAGUUUACGCGAAAAACUUGACGUAUUGAAUGCAAAGAAACUGGAAAAUGAAGAAAAAUACGAAGUUGAGAAUCGACAAUUAACAUUGAAGUUAACAGAUUCUAAUGAGAAAAAUAUGAAACUUGAAUCGGAUUUGUCCGAGUUGAGGAUAAACCUGGAGAAUGCUAGAGCAAACAUGAGUGAAAUACGCCGUGAAAAAGACAAUAUUGGUGAUUCAAUCCGUGCAGAGUUUGAUAACAUAUGCUCCGGGUUGAGAAUGGAUUUAGAAAGGGUGUUAAAAGAAAAAGAUGAAUUGGCAAGAGCUAUGGAGUUGGGACGUCUCGGUUUGGAGAAAGAACUUGUCGACAAAGAGGAAACAUUUGAUGGACUUCUACAGAUUGUGAAAGAACAAGACGCCAAGUUAAGUUCUGAGAACCUAGCGACUUUGAAAUCUGAAGUAGAACGACUUAGACGUGAACUAGCAUCAAACCAGGUUUCUUUGGAACAGGAAAGAGUACUUGUGGCACAAAAGAAUGUCUUCAUUCAGACCAUCGACGAAGACAAGAAGAGAUUAUUGGCUGAGAGAGAAGAAAUGGCUGAAAAGGCUAAACAAGAGCUUUUAGAAUUACGUUCAACAAAAGAUGCAUUAGUUCACGACCUAGAAGAAGAGUUAUCUAAAAGGAAAGAUGAUCAAUAUUCCUUGAAUGAAAAACUCGACACUAUUUGUAAAGAAUUCGAUGAAGUCAACAAUCAUGUCACGUCGUGCGUUGAAGAAUCAAGUAAAGAUUCACAUCUACUUGAAUUGCUGGAUCUACCGACGACAACACCGGCUGAAAUGCGCAUGCGUGUUAUGAGAAUUGUAAGUCGGCUCCUGGGAAACUGGUGCGAUUGUGAAAAUGAAAUUGACAAGCUGAGAAGAGACUUACAGACUACUGAAGAAAGUUGUAAACUAAAGAUGGAUAACUUAGAAAAUGAAAAGGUCAAGGAAAGUAUGAAUGUUAAGAGCACAUGGCAAGCUAAGUUGACGGAAAAACAAGAAGAAAUGGAAAGUCUGCAAAUAGAAAUCGACCACUUGCUAAAGGAAAGAGAUAUGAUUAAAAUAGAAAUGGAGAACGUUAGGAGUUUCUUAGAAAAGGAAAAGAAUGAAAUUCUAUCCGAUAAAGAAAAUGCUUUGGAGCAAGUCCAGAAACUGCGUUCAGAAAUGAGUAGAACAGAAAAUGAGUUCUUUAUUGUAAAAGAGCAACUUGAACAAGUGCAAAUUGAUGCUGAAAAGUUAACUCGAAAAAAUGCAAAUUUACUAUCUUCAAAUGAAGAGUUAAAGGAGGCCAUCAGGCUGGCGAACGAAAAGAUUGAGAGGAAAGAACUUGAUAUUGACGUUCUGCAAAAUGAGCGAAAUCACCUUGAAGAUAGUUUAAUUGAAAAAAACACUGAAAAUAGUGAAAUGAUUUUGAAAUUGUUCAAUAUCGUAAAAAUUGAAGAUAUUGAAAAUACCGAGAAGAUGAGUGAAUCUUUGCCUGGAUUGCUUAAAGAUCUUGUGAAAAAGAUAGGUGAUAAUUCUAAAAUUGUAGAGAAUUUGAAGCAGGAAAAAACUCAAGUUUGCAAUCAAAUACGGCUGGAGUUCGAGACAGUGUUAUCCGAAAAAGAAGCAAUCUUUAAUGAUGUUCGUGAAAAUUUGAAGAAUACUCGUCAACAACUUGACGAUAUGAGACAGACAAACACAGAUCAACUGCAUCAAAUCAAAAUACUGGAAGAACAAGUUUCUGUGCUGCGUGGCGAGUUGGACUUGAGUAAAGAUAACAACGAGGUCAAAUUAAAAGCAAAUGAUGACGUAGAGAAUACACAUGUGAUAGCUAAAGAACUCGCAGUAUCUCGUGUUGUUGAAAGCGGUUUGAUGUCGUCUCCAUUAUUGAAAGAAGCGUCCCCUGAGGACGAAAGUAAGUUCAGUGUAAAUUAUAUGCGGGAAAAUCUGGUUGAUGGGGAAUUGGAAUCCCUGACAAAAAAGAAUGACAUUAUGAAAGAAGAAUUACAAGAGCUUCAAAAACUGUACAACGAAAGAAACAAUCAAAUCUCCUCACUUGUCAGUGAAAUUGAGGAGUUAAAAUGUGUAGUUGAAAGGUCGAGAUUGUUAAAUGAAGAACUCACUGAGAAGAAUGAUCGAUUGCAACUUGAAAUAAGUCAGCUAGGUUCGGUCGUGAGGGACGAGACUGAUGCGAAAGCCGUCAACGAAAAAACAAAUGAUUUGUCAAAAAGAGUUGCUGAACUGGAAGAAGAGCUUUUGAAGAUCUCUGAAGAAAGAACAGCAUAUGAAAAGUUACGACGGGACUUCGAUCAUAUCGUUUCAGGGUUAAGAGGUGAUUUGGAGCGUGUUAUAAUUGAUAGGAAUAAUACUUUGCAGGCAUUGGAUGAACUUAGAUCUCAGGUGCACGAUAGGGAUAUGAAAGUACGUGAUGAGGCUGGCGGGCAAAAUGACACCUUCAAGACAAAAAACAAAGGUUCUUCAAAGGAUGUGGAAAACGAACUAGAAAGUACGAAACAUGAUCUGAAAAAAGUGUCUCUAAUAAACCGGCAAUUAAAGGAACUUGGUAAAACUCUCGAUUUGGAGCUAAAAAUGGCCAGGAAGGACAAGCAAUUGAGUGAAAAAAAAUGCCAAGAUUUACGAGACGAAAUGGAAGAGUUUGUCAAAGAAAAAGAAGGAAUUAUUAUCGAAUCCAGGGAACGUAUGGCUACGCGCGAAAAACUACAUGAAAAUGAACUAAAAAAAUUACAGACAGAAUACGAGUAUAUGUUACGACAACAAGAAAAUAAUGAAAGGUCAGAAUCUAAGGAAUUGACUUUGGCGAACGAAAAACUUCAAAUGAAAUUAAAUGACGCAUAUGAAGAGAUUAAUAAUGUAAAUCAGUUGGAAGAAAAUAACAUCGCCUUGAAACAACAGGUUGAUGAUUUAAUGGAUGAACGUGAUAUGUUAUUAAAGAAAGUGGAGAAGACUGAUGAUGCAUCGGAAUUGUUGAAAAUUGAAAAUGGAGUUUUGUUGGAGAAAGUGAACGAAUUAAAAAGUUUAGUUGAUGAAGCUGAUAAAGAGAUUGAGCGUCGUGAUGAAGAAAUUCUAAAAUCAUACAAGACUGCAAGAGAUAAAAAAGAAAGUGUUUAUAUAAACAAUGAAAUCAUUCCAACGGAAGUUGACUCCUGUUUAUUCAUUGAACCAAAAGAUCAUGAUACCAAAUCUGUUAAUACUUUUGAUUACAGAGAGAGGCCUGGUGAUCAGUUUGACAUUAUUACACAUAAGUCGGAUGUGACGUCAGAGAGUGCAAAACUUGAGCGCGAGUAUAUACAAACGAGUGGGGAUUAUGUAAAUAAAAAUGAACAACAGCUAAAGUUUUUGAUGGAAGACUUGGAAAGAAAAGAAAAGGAGACAGCGAAAAUGUCAGAGAAUCUAAGAAAAUCGGAAGACGAUUUAGCCUUUGCUUCCCAAGAAUUAGAGAAAGUCAAAAAGACAUCUCAAAAACUGAAAACGAUGGUAAAAAACUGUCGUAGUGAAAUAGACUCUUUGAAUGAUGUCUUAUCACAAAGUAAAGAGGAGAUUUUGGUAAAAGAACAAUGUAUUGCUAAAUUGAGGAAGGAAAUGUCGGAAGUUGUGUCAGAGAGAGAUGACUUGUUUGACAAAUUGAUGUCAAAGGUAAAGAAAACAGAAAAUGAUAGCGAGCAAAAGUUGAAGGUUUUACAGUUAGAAUGGAAAGAGAAAACCAUGACUCAAAAUCGUCUACUUGAAGAUUUGAAUGUAGACUUGAAGAACGCUCUUUCGCGUGGGGAUGAGCUGAAAGGUCAGUUGGAUGUAUGGCGAUGUAGUUAUACAGACAUGAAUGAUAAAGCAAACGCAGCUGAAAGUGAAAUUAUCACCCUAAGACAGAAUAUAGAAACACUUCAUAAUGAAUUGAACAUGACGAAAGACAAACUACAAAAUGCUAAUAAUGAACUUCUAUCAAAGUUGAGGUUUUGCGAUGAUCUCUCGAUGCAAUUACAAGAAGAGCAGAAAAGGGUUUUUGACUUACAAAAUGAAAUGAGUGAUUGUUUAAAUGAAAAAAAUAUUUUGAUCACACAACUUCAGAAAGAACUUGAAGAUACGAACAAAAGCUUUGAUGAAAUGAAAGAGAAACUUAUGGCUAAAAGUAACGACUAUCAAAGUGUACUAACUGAAAAGGAUGAACUAGAACGUCAAUUAGAAGACAGUCAAAAUGAAAUCCAAAAUACAAUUCUUAUGAAUGAAAGCAUCUUAACUAAAAAAAGUUCUAACUUGGAAGAAGUUUCCAUCCGUGCGGAGAAUCUUUCUUCUCAAUUAAAAAACACUUCGGAGAUGCUCGAUAGUGAAAAAAAACGACGAGAAGAACUUGAUGAUAUAACCUGUAGUCUUAGGGAAGAUCUAGAUGCAAGGACAGAGCAAAAACGAGAACUAGAAACUAUUGUCAUGGCUUUAAAUGUGGAUCUUAACAAAGCCUUAAAGGAUCGCGAGGAAUUACGACAAGCUCUUCGAGUGAAACAAACCUUAACUCAGGGCACCGAAAACCCAUGUUUUGAUCAAUUUGUUUUGGACAAAAAUCAAUGUAAACUUUUGGAAAGUAAGUUAACCACUGCGGAGAUCAACAUGCAAGAAAAACUUACUUAUGCUGAAAAUGAGAAGUUACAUUUGGAAGAAAUCAUUUUGAGCUUAAAGUCUGAUUUGCAACAAAGCAGCAAAACGAAGGAAGAGGCAAUUGACGUGUUGAGGAAGAAGCUGGAACAUGCAGUUGAAGAACGCGGUGGAGCGGUGUCAUCAUUGAGACAAGAAUACGAUGGCAUGUUAAAAGAAAAAGAUUUUCACAUUGCCUCUCUUCAAGAUGAAAUCCAAAAAGUAAAUGAAGAGUUCACCAAUCUUGGUUAUCGUUUUGAGCUGACUCUUCAAGACAACGUGAACAAAGGGAAUAAUAUCAUUCAAUUACAAAAUCAGUUACAUCAAUCACAUGAUAUUUUACAACGAAAUGAUGUUCUUGAACAAGAGUUAAGCACGAUGAAAGAGCAAACAGAGUUAGAAGCGUCUAAAAAGAAACUUCUUGAUACGGAAAAUCGAGUGGAAAUGAUUACAAAGGAAUAUGAAGUGGCAAAAUCGAAGCAAAAGAAAGAGUUCAAAAGAUUAUAUGAUGGGUUACAGUUUGACCUGAAAAAUUCUCGGAAACAAAACAUAGAGAAAGAAAAGCGCUUACAAUGUCUUCGUGAAGAACUUGAAGCAAUAAUGAAAGAGAAGGAAGCUCUUACGACAAAGAUUCGUUCCCCUAUGAAGGCAAAACAUGUCGAAAAAUUGCAAAAAGCUGGCGAUCCUUCGGCAAAGCAACGCGAUGAAAGGAAAAUAUUUCUGCAGAAUUUUGAAAAGGAUGAGCAGGAAAAGGAUCAAACUUUACUUGAAUUUCAUCGAAUUAGUGAAGGCCUUAGAAGAGAUCUUGAAACAGCGAUUAAUGAUCGUGAUGAAAAAACAGAAGAAUGUCUGAAGGCAAAUAUUGUGAUUAAUCAAGUGAAAAGGUCUAAUGAUGAACUUCAAGAAGAAUUGAAACAACGAGAUUCCCUCAUAAAUUCCAUUAAGUCUGGAUUGCCAUCACAGAACAUUGAAAACUCAAAUGUUGUUCAGCAGCUACGUGCUGACAAUGAAAAACUGCACUCUUCUUUGAUGCACGAAUCAAUUAAUGCUCGCGAAGCUAUGUUGAAGAUGCAGAACACCAAUGAUGAAUUACGGCAAAGUAUAACAAAGGCUGAACACGAUAGAGAGAACAUGAGAAAUUAUGUGGCUACAAAAGAGAUUGAAAAUGAUGAUUUAAAAAGACAACUGGGAAAAUUAUUGGGCCAGCAACAAAGCCACAAAGUUGUAAAACAACUAACAUCCCUACAGCGGGCAGAUGUUGUAAGAGAUCUUGAUGAGACUGAUACAAUGUUUAAUGCAAGUGUUAAUGAUGAACCUCAUGGUGAUGAACAAACGCACAAGCUUCUGGAGAGACUUGCUGAUGCUGCACGUCUUCAAGACGAGACAAGCUUAAAGAUGGUUGAACUAGAGCAAGCUUUACAGGAGGAAAAAAAUCGUCGCGAGGAACUAGAAAUAUUAUUUAACGAAACACACCAAAGAAAGGACUAUCGUGUAAAUAUAACGGAAGAAGAAGUGAUGGAACCUUUAAUCACAAGAUCGUCAGUUCCUCGCGGGGAACUUUAUCAACACCGUGCGACAAAAAUCCACAGACGCAUUCUGAGCCCAUUCACAAUACGAGGAUGCCUUCAAUCAAGCGGCCGUUUAUUCCAAUUUUUGUGUGGUCAAACAAGAGGAGGCUGGCCAACAAUACUCUAUCUUAUGUUCAUACACUCUGUCCUUGUAGUUUGUCUUUACUCGAUCUUUAUGUCUUAGUAUAUUGAUUACAUGGUAGGUUCUGGAUAUGUUGCAAACACUCUAAAUACCCUACCACUAUAAAUUGUGUGGUUUAUAAGGGAAGACCAAUUAUGUUUUUACAGAGAUUGUCCAAUCAUCUGCCUGGAUGAUGAUCCAAAAGGACACGCAUGAUUACUCUUACUAAUAGUUUACAUUGUGAACAAAGAAUGCAAUUAAUGUGUCAUUGGUGAUUUGUCUAUAGAAGGAGAACUUUGUAUAUCAAGCUGCUUUAGCAAAUUUUGAUAAAUAAGAAUAACGUACAUAACAAAAAUAUAUACGUAAGAGCAUUUAUUCAUACA